UAUUGUGUAUUACACCUGUAUCAAGUACGGCCAAAUUGUCAAUUGCAUUCAUUAAGAUCGAAGAACGGAAUAAUUCGGGGAGUAAAAAUCAGUAGAGUGUAUGUCACUAUCUUCUUAAACCGAGUUAAACAUAAUAUUAUUUGGACUGAUUUAACAAUGUGGUGUUGGAGUGAGAUGAGAUUGCCUUAAGGUCAGAAAAGCUACCAGUUCUAAUGUCUGGUGACGUCUGACUAACUACCAUGGAGUGCCAGCAGUGUCUGAAGAACAGAACAAGGCCUGAGAAGAAGAGAGAUGCAUUCUUGACCUUUGGUGUGUUUACCCAUGUCUUUGUUUACACAGUAUUGAGCACUUUUUUCCUGACAUUCAGGUCCAGUGAGGGAGCAGUAUUACAAGAAAACAAAGCUUCUGAAAGUACAGCAGUGGCAACUCCUUGCUGGCAAGUGGAAGAGUUUGUUGUGGCCCAAGAGUGUGGACUCUGCACGGACUUCCAGAAGAAAACGAUGGAGGUAUGCCACACCACAGGCUUUGUAGAAAAAAUCAACUGUGCUUUAUCAAAAAAGGAUGAGUAUAAGAGCUGCCGAUCAGCAAAGAUGGAAGAUGAAGUGUUUUGGAAGUUUGAGGGAGCCAUGGCAGGUGUUGCAGUCAUGUUUGCAAUUGUUGUUAUCUUCCGACAAAGAUCCCUUGAUAAGUUGGCAUCGGAAAAAGUUCGCAAACAGCUGGAGUCCAUUUAACUGCUUGGAAGGGAUUUUUUUGUUUUCACUUUCUUGUUGGAGGGUGCAUUCUUAAUCACUUGUACUCUCAUAAACCUAUUUCAUAUCCAGAACAAUGCAGAUGUGGAAUGCUUCAGGCUGUGUAAAAUGCUUUGCAUACUAUGUUCUAUGGGUACAGCACUGACAUGGGUGAUUUAAUGUGGUGUCAUCUCAAAAUGUUCCUUUACAUUUGAAAACUUGAUUGGCUUAUCUUUGCUCAUGUGAGUUUGCACAAAAAUGUACAGAUGGUGGAAAACUUCUGGAGUGAAUAAUAUAGCUGCUUCAAGACUGACGUAUCAGUGAAGCCCAUGAUAUCGAUACAGCAUUUAAAGCAGCGAACUAAGAAUUUUGAGUUUUCUCAUGUUUGCUUGUUGUUUGCUUGCAUAUGAUGCUAAAUGAACCAAAAAAGGCUUAUUCUUUCUGCUGUACCACUGUGGCCGAAGAAUUAACAUAAACAAUAGAGAACUGUACUGACGCAUUUUGAGCAUUUCCCCCUGCUGUUUCACCGAGUUGUCCAUAUUUCAGUAUCAUACUGUAAAAAUAGUGUUAACAGUUUAUAUGUUAAGUUUUUGGUUUCCCAGACAUUCGCAGAUAGAAAGACAACAAAUUAAUUGUUACUACUUUGUACAUGUAUGCCAUUUUAAGAUGUUUUAAGUGGUUUGUUAGAACCUUUUAUGUUGAUGUUGUUUCUAGUAAAGCCUUGCUCAGAAUGA